AAAGUUUAGAAAGUACAGACAGUGAUGAUUAUUUUGAAAAGUGUAUUUUUGGACUUGGUUUUCUUUUUAAUGAAUGUGAACAUUGUGUGAACGAAAUGGCAAUAGAUGACCUUCUGCAUCAUUACAGCGUUCUUAUAUCUUGGACAGGUCAAGAACAGGUCAUCAAAGAAUGUUUCAGGCUACUUAAAACUGAGAAGUUAACAAAUAAUUAUUUAGCUCUUCUACUGGUUACUUCUUGUCUAGAAAGAGCACUGGGAGAUGUGUAUUUGUUAGAGAAUACCAUUUGUCCUUCCAUGUUAAAAGAUAUUCUAUCAUCAUCAACACUCAAGAAAAUCAUUGGACCAACUGUUGUACAAGUUUUAAGAGCUGUUAUUGGUCCACCAAUUUCAUUGAAUCUAAGGAAUGUUAUUUGGCAUGGAUUUCCUACAGAACAAGAAAUUUCAAAAAGAUACACAUGUUUUCUGUUAAUAGUGUUACCAAGUCUAGUCCAAUUUGUAAGAGGAGAUAUUCCUCAUCGAUCACCAGUAAUUUUUCCUCAAGACAGACAGUAUGCAGAGAUUUUGCCAGAUAUAAUUGACAUGACAUCAGAAGAGAUGAAGAUAUUACUGCAAACCAGUAGCUUCAUACCUAAAUACCACCUAACGCUAUGGAACCACUGCAUAGACUUGUAUUACACUGAUAAACCAGGCCUGGCUAUAGUUUUGUUGUUACCACUGUUAGAACAUGCUCUCAGAUGUCAGUUUUCCAUCGUAAACAAAUGUCCAGGAAGAACCAUUACAGCUGAGGCAACAACAUUAUAUACUACUCUUGAUGAGAUACUAGAUCAAUAUGUCACAGAAAAUGUAGAAAAUAAGCUUCCAUGGGAGUUUGGUGAGCCUGUUAUGGAAAUAUUAAUGGAUUUGCUAACAUAUCCAAGUGGACCACGUGUACGAGACAAACUAAGUCAUGGUGAAGCUGAUGUAUUUACUUUUCCCAAGUUGCUAUGUACUGCUGUUGUCAUAGUAACAGUACACAUCACAUCCAGGUACCAGUCUGCAGAUGACUGUAAUGAAAAGCCCUGGCUAAAGAGAAUUGCAUCUUGGGUUGAUCAGUAUGAAACCUUGUUCCAUCCAGUAUCAUUAGUAAAAUCAAAGAUCAAACAAGUUACAAAGAUUGCUGGUCAAUUUAAUAAACAAAUAGAAUAUACAUACACUUUAGAUAAAAGAACCCAAUGGAAUGACAAGGAAAUCAUUGAUUCUAGUUUUCAAGAAAAUGAUUUAAUAACAAAAGAAACGACAGUUAUAAUCAAUCAGUUAUGUAAUAAAUGGAAUAUUAGAAAGACAAUACAGGAAGUCUUGAACAGAGUAUUUUCACCAUUUGCUGAUUGCAGUGUAUUUAUUGGUGAAAUGUUAAAUAUAAAAAUACAAACUCUUUUUAGAUAUACGGAUUCAGGUUCUGGGAAUCAAGAUGGUGAAAUUAUAAAUUUAUUAUUGAGAAUUGUGACAGAAUGUGAAACUGUGAUUACUCAAGUGUUUACAGCACUUCAAACACGUCAGGAACAAUUAAAAAAUAAAACAUUACGUUCACGGCAGAGAAACAAUCUACAAUCGUUGAUUAAAUGUUGUUUUAUAAUUCACCAGAGUUUACAUUUGAUUGUAUGGUUCACCACAUGUGACCUGGUUACAAUAGAAACAAAGAAAUUUGAAGAAAAAAUCCAUAUAAAGUGUUUAAAGACGGUAUUACAAUUUGCAGAAAAUUUACGAACAUACACAAACUCUGAAAACAACAAAUGGAUGGAAUGUGUUAACUUGUCUAUUAAAACCAUGGAUAAAUUAAAACAAUUUAUAACUUGAUAUAUAAGAGUAUUCCUUUUUUUUUUGUGUGCUUAUAUUAUUUAGUGGAUCAUUUGUACAAAAGUUAGUGAUGUUUCAGUCAGUUUCACAGUUUUCAUUGCAAUUACACUUGUCAAGAUUCAUUAUUAAGAACAGAUAUUUCAAGAUGAUGUGUAUGAAAGAAUAAAUUUUGUUCCUGAUAAAUUCCGUAAUAGGAUGUAAACUAGAAGAAAACAAUAUAAUGACUUUU